AUGUUUUCAAAAACUAUCAUUGUACUGGUGUUCUUAAAAAAUUCUGGUCUCUGCGACUAUCUGGAGUCAGAAGCCAACUACAUAAAACCGAAACUAGAAAGAAAUAAUAUAGUGAACAAAGGAGUUUGGGUUCGCAAUAAAAUCAAAGAAAGCCUCUACGACAAGAGUCGACUGGGCGACUUCAUCUUUCGCGAAAAUUCUUUAGAUGUGGACAAUUUAUUGCAGAAUAACUUCGAUGCAUUUGGGACGAAUUAUAUGCAGGAUUCUCCGGUCGUGUCUGCGUACUUUAAAAGGAAUAAAAGGCAGGUUAGACGUAUUCGAGAACAGCGUCCUAGAAAGAGUAUAAUAAAAAACUGCAUCGGUAAAGGAUGUAAAAUGAGCCUCGAUGCGCAAGAUCCGGCUCCAGAUUUAAUUAAAACUAAAGUUAAUGAACUAAGAACCACAUCAGUCUUUAACGACUACCCAUAUGAAGUAGCCAUCUUGCCAAAUAACAAUACAGAAAAAAUAAACACGCCAAACGUUAAAAAAGAAAUCUCUAAGAAUGCCAAUUACAAUUUUACCCGAAGCUACGGCAUACCACAUACUGAAAGUUUCGCAUUUGAAUCUGACAACGAUACAGUAACGGUUAGAAAUAUAUCGUCACCAAAAAGGAGCAUGAAAUAUGAUUUCGAAACUGAAAUUAUUAAAAAAUUCGAAUUUACUGAGGAUAUUAAUAAGACCCAUGGAAAUAAUGAGUAUAAUGAUAGCAAAAUCACUGAUAGAAACAUAUUUGAUAAAGAAUCCGUUUGGCAUCAAAAUGCGCCGAUACCAGAUGUAAAUGUCUAUAAAGUUGUUCCUAAAGAACCUCAAAAGAGCAAGCCUGUCACUGAAAGAGGUCUAAUAAAAGUUAUAUCAAUGUUAACGAAAACGUUUAAGAAAAUUAUGAAACAACACAAUGAAAUUAAAGACAUACAUUCAAGAAUUAAUGAUAUAAAUGAAGAAUUUAUCAAAAAUGCUGCCACAGUCACUGGUAAAUUCCAAGAUUUCGAUCUUAAAUAUCUCUAUUUAUUGAAGUUUCACGAGAAACUGAAGGUAUUUGACGCAAAAUUGGCAUCCAAACAAGAAUAUUUCAAAAACAAAGAACGGGAAAUGGCAAGGAAUUUUAAGGAGUUUGAAAAUCAGCAAAAGAAAUUCUUGCAACAGCAACGACAGUUUUACAAUAUACAGAAGUUGAUGCUGGCACAGAAUGAGAAAAUAAACUUGAAACAGAAUUUGAUUGCAAAGACACAGAGCGAAAUAUCCCAUAGGCAGAACAACUUCGCUAGAAUACUAAAGAAAGCAAAACAGUUAUACGUAGAAAGUAGGAACCCGACUAUAACUAAACUAAGUUCGAGUUUGACCAAACUGAAUAACCAUAACCCAAAGCCUGAACCAGUCACACAUACGAGCACAGUAACUCCGUCAACAGAAUCGGUUAAAAUAAACCUGUUUUCAAUACCAACAUCAAACAAACUAGAAAAUCAGGACGACCUAAUAAUCAAAGAAAAAGACGAACAAACUAUCGACGAUUUGGUCUACAAAUAUUAUUUUAACAACACUUUCAUAGACAAUUUAAUGAAAAAUAAUAUACUAGCCAAUGUUAUGGGCGCUCCAGACAGUUCUACACAUCAAAGAAACGUAAAAAGCAAGAGAAAUGAACUAGAAACUACUAUAUUAUUGCCUGUUUAUGAGCCAACCGAUACUGAAGCUUAUGCCCAUAAGAAUAGAGAAAGAAGAUGGAUUAACCAUCACUCAAGACACAGGGGUAAAAGACGUUACCGUGGUAAAAACGCAGAAGCAAGUAUAAUCAAUUCUACUGAUGCAAAAGUUCAAAGAAAUAAAGUGAUUAACAAUGUACCUCUAGCUGCUGAGGGUCCCGUACUAAAAGAGACGAAAGACGUGAAAAUAAAGAACGAUCCUUUUUUAACUAUGGCGACGAAUUUCUGCAAUGAAAUUCGUCAAAAUUUGAAUCCACAAAUGUUGAGGUGGUGUGUCGAGAAGGCAUUGAGGAGAUUGCAGUUUCUUGAUAUGAAAACUCCACCACCAACUGAAGUCUCAACAACUACACCAUUAGUUAAACCAAAACGCAUACCAAUGAUUGCCAAACUGAAACAACGAGUCGCCAGAGUUACUAAACCAGUUGAACUGAGCGAAGUGACUAAACAAGCAUCAGCAUCUACGACUGUCAGUGUAGAGACUGAACCGUCUACUGUCAGUACUAGUGAAGUACCGAGUGAAACGACAGCAUCACCAUUCACACUAUCAACAUCUGAAAAUACUACAACAGCAGCCAUUAAUGAAACCAUAAAGAAUCAGACUAAAGUGGAUAUCAACAAUUUACAGACAAUGAAGAGUUGGAAUCGAAUUUGAGACAAUAUGAAAUGAAGCCAGAUUUAGAAGGAAACGUUUACUAUGAAGGAAGCAUCCAUGCUAGCCAGAUAUUGGACAGCGAAAGCCAGGGUGUAGACGAUAUAAUGCCUGGAUUGGACAGCAAUUCCAGGGUAGACAUUGACCCUCUGGCCUUCGACCUUCAGGCCCAGAGAAGGGCAUUUGUGAGAAAAUUGAAUGAAAAAAUUAAACUGUCGCUGGGAUAA